UCGCAUUUUGCCUUCUCCUCGCCUACCUCUCUGCGGCGUCCAGUGUCCGAGGUGGUUGAAAGUCCUCAGCCGGACCCGGACGAAACUGACCUGGUGGAGGACGUGUCAGGAGGCAUGGAGAGCACUCCCAAUGCGCAUGGCGAGAGCAGAAUUUCAAACGAGGCAUCCUGUUCUGCAUCUGGAGACGGAAGCCAGAACGUUCUGUCUUUUAGCCCAGAUGGCCUAGGCGCUGGCCACCCAGUUGGAGAGGAUGCUUCCCAAAAAGCAGACUACACCGAGCAGUCGGACGACUUUGCCUCUGUAGUAUCCGACGAUGAAAAUGAACUUUUUACACCCCGAAGAUCGAGACGUCACGCCAAACGUCCGGAACGCUAUCAGGCUGCCUGA